UAUGAUCAAUCCAUAUAACAAACGAAACUCUCUUCUUCACACAUCAAAUUACUUCUUUCACUUCCACAAAACUCUCUCUCUCUCGGAUCAAAAAUGGUGAACGGUUGUGAGAUCUGCUGCGAGAUUCUCAUCGCCAUCCUCAUUCCUCCUCUAGGAGUUUGCCUCAAAUUCGGCUGUUGUACGGUGGAGUUUUGUCUGUGUUUGAUUCUGACUCUUCUCGGUUACGUUCCGGGGAUCAUUUACGCAGUCUACGCCAUUGCGUUCGUGGAUCGUGACCAGUUUUUUGAUGAGUACAGGCGUCCGCUCUAUUCGUCGGCGUCGGCGGAUUAAAACAAGUUCGAAUAAUUUCUUGAUCUAUGUGUUUUUCACUUAUGGAUCAAUAAUUUGUUGGUUCCUAUGUAGUUUUUGUUUUUGGAUAUUGAAUUGGGUUUCAUCUUCUUCUUAGAUAUUUGUAUGGCUCUGUCUUUCUUGAUUGGAUUGGAUUUUAACACAAUAUGAAUUAAAAGUGGGCCAUUUGAUUAUCGUUA